AGAAACACAUCGUUGCUUGUCAGACAAACGUUACUUCAUUAUUGCAAAGAUGGGAAAGAUAUAUGAGCGUCGUCUGGAACAGCCAACGCCAAAUGUAUCUGUGGGAGAAGUCAUAUUGAACAAAUUGCGCGAGAACGGCAAUCGUGUUUAUGCAAUAGAUGGACAAACCGGCAAUCGAAUGACAUAUAGAGAACUACUUCAGAAAAGCGUGAAGUUAGCAAAUUUUUUACAAAAGUAUGGAAUAACAAUUGGGGACAGAAUUGGCAUCGCAACUGAAAAUCGAUUGAAUUGGUUAAUACCAGUUUACGCGAGCUAUUAUCUCGGUGCUAUAGUUGCACCGUACAGUCCUAUUUACACAGAAUAUGAAUUCCGGCACAUAUUAAACAUCGCGAAACCGCGUAUUGUUUUCGUAUCUCAGCGUACCGAAAAUAUCUUUGCUAAGAUCCUACCGAAAUUAUCCUGGAAAAUGGAAUUAAUACAGUUGGAUGAUCAACCGCUCACAAAUGUCCGUACUUUGACGACUAUCUUAAAUAAUGAAUCGGAUGCUGACUAUAUAAGAUACAAGCCUGCAGCUAUUGAUGAUCCCAGUCGGCAUCCGUUAGUUAUUCUCUACUCAAGUGGCACCACGGGAUUGCCGAAAGGAGUGGCGUUGUCUCAUAAAAAUCUAAUGGCGGUUUUAACAAAAAUUAGGCAAGUUUUACAUAUAUGUCAUUUUUUAAGCAUUAGUUAAAACAUUU